AUGGGCGUGCUGGCCGCCACAUUCCUGGGGCCCGCCCCGCCGGGGCGUCUUGGAGUGCUGGCCAGCCUCCGGGGCACCCAGCAGGCCUGCCCCCAGGGCGCCUGCUACCCGCCCGCCGGGGACCUGCUGGCCGGCAGGACGCACUCCCUGCGGGCCUCGUCCACCUGUGGGAUGACCAAGCCCGAGACCUACUGCACCCAGUACGGCGAGUGGCAGAUGAAAUGCUGCAAGUGCGACUCCCGCCUGCCUCACAGCUACAACAGCCACCGGGUGGAGAACCUGGCUGCCGCCUCGGGCCCAGCGCGCUGGUGGCAGUCCCAGAACGGUGUGAGCCCCGUGUCUCUGCAGCUGGACCUGGACCAGCAAUUCCAGCUUCAGGACAUCAUGCUGGACUUUAAGGGGCCCAUGCCGGCGGCCAUGGCGAUCGAGCGCUCCUCGGACUUCGGCCGGACCUGGCAGGUGUACUGCUUCCUGGCGGCCGACUGUACCUCGGCCUUCCCGCGGGUCCCGCAGGGCCAGCCGCAGGCCUGGCGGGACGUGCGCUGCCGGCCCCUGCCCCGGAGGCCUCACGGGCGCCCCGACGGGGGCCAGCCUGGCGUCUGCGCGCAGCGUCCGGGCAGCGAGGGAGGCCCUGGCGCAGUGACCACAGCCAGCAGUGCCAGGGAGCACCCCCCUCCCCGCGGGUGA